AUGCUAAGUCUGCUGAGGGGGGAAGAUCCCCGGAUUUUGUUUGUGGAGACGUUCCUGCGCCCCUUGCCUUCCCGGGUUCAGACGGCGCUAGCCAACACGUCCAUUACGGACCGUCCGGGCGAAGAAGUGUAUCGCUCCCUGCAGUUACAAACCUCCGGGAAACGGGGGAGCCGGCGCUCAGUAGUGGCCCUGAGCGUUGGCAGCACGAGCAGGCUUCUCUUCGUUAGCGACAGAGUCUCGGGAAGCUUGUUUCUGUGUGACACGGGCGCUCAACGGAGUGUGGUUCCUGCGUCGAGGGAUGACGUCGCUCGUGGGGGACACAGACCACGGUUGACGACGGCUAAUGGCGGCCCCAUUCGCACGUACGGCGCGAGGCCUAUGUGUUUGUGUAUUGGAGGACAGCGGUUCAACUGGGAUUUUGUGACGGCAGACAUUUCUUUUCCCCUCCUCUGGGCAGAUUUUGUAUGUGCUCACGGACUCCUGGUGGACGUUAAAAAUAAACGCUUGGUUGAUGCCUUGACGUUUUCCUCCCUCGUGUGUACGCUUGGCAAGGCGGCGUACGACGGGCUGUCGGGCUCGCUGUCGGAGGCGGACAUUUUUCUCAGACUGUUGGCUGAAUUUCCAGACCUGACGCUGCCCACCUUCUCUGCGCUCACCACCAAGCAUGGGGUGGAGCACCACGUCACCACCAAAGGUCCCCCAGUCUACGCCAGGGCCCGGCGGUUGAACCCUGCUAAGCUUGCAGUAGCGAGGGCGGAGUUUUCGACCAUAGAACGCCUGGGUAUCGUCCGCCGGUCUGACAGUCCUUGGGCCUCUCCUCUGCAUGUCGUUCCCAAGCCGAACGGCGGUUGGUGCCCGUGUGGGGAUUACCGCCGUCUCAACGACGCCACGACACCUGACCGCAACCCGGUGCCGCACAUUCAGGAUUUUUCAGCGCAUCUUGCCGGUAUGCUGGUGUUUUCUAAAGUCGACCUGGUGCGUGGAUACCACCAGGUGCCCAUGCAUCCCCUGGACGUUCCCAAGACGGCAGUGAUAACGCCGUUUGGACUUUUCGAGUUCCUGCGGAUGCCUUUUGGGCUCAAGAAUGCUGCUCAAACGUUCCAGCGCCUGAUGGAUUCGGUGCUGUGGGACUUGCCGUUUGUCUUUGUCUACCUGGACGACAUACUCGUCGCACUUCCGUUUUUGAGGCAGCUUUCCUACAUCUCGGAGUUCACCACAGACAUUAAGCACGUGGCUGGCAAGUCGAACCUGGUUGUGGAUUGCCUCUCCAGAGUCGUCAUCGGUGUCCAGGCCCUGAAAGGUGAUGACGUGGGGCUGCGCCUGGAAGACGUGGUUUUCGGUGACGUGGGCGUUACUCUCCUGUGCGAUGUCUCCACGGGCCUGCCGCGUCCGGUCGUUCCCGCCAGUUGGAAGCGUUCCGUUUUCAAGGCGGUGCAUGGCCUGUCACACCCCGGCGGGAAACCUUCGGUGCGAAUGGUGGCCGCGAAGUUCGUCUGGCGUGGGCUGAAAAAAGACGUGAGGACUUGGGCUGGUGAGUGCGUGGCUUGUCAGCGCGCUAAGGUGCACCGCCACACGAAGGCUCCCUUGGAACGUUUUUUGUACCUGAGAGGAGUUGGUCCAUUACCCUCCGCUCAGGGUUUUUCCUAUCUCCUUACCAUGGUGGACCGGACGACCCAUUGGCCAGAGGCAGUUCCUCUCGUGUCGACGUCGGCGGCUGACAUAGCCCCGGCUUUCAUCGCAACGUGGGUGUGUCGGUUUGGCACCCCUUCAGACAUUUCCUCAGACCGGGGUUCCCAGUUCACGUCCGAGCUCUGGAACGCUGUGGCGAGAGGUUUGGGGGUUAAGCUUCACAGGACAACAGCUUAUCACCCUCAGGCUAACAGACUUUGUGAACGUUUCCAUCGCUCCAUGAAGGCAGCACUCAGAGCCGGCCUGACGGACGGCAAUUGGGUCGACAAGUUGCCUUGGGUGAUGCUAGGCCUGAGGACCGCGCCUAAAGAAGAUCUGCAGUGCUCCAUGGCGGAGAUGGUCUACGGUCAGCCGCUGAGGGUUCCAGGGGAUUUCCUCCCCAACGCAUCGGCUCCCUGGUCGGUGACGGCCCAGCGGGCUUUCCUGCAGGACGCCGCUGAGGUUUUUACUCCGAUUCCCACUGCCCAGCACGGUACUCAGGUGUCCCGGGUUCCUGUGGAGCUCAGCUCGGCGGAGCACAUUUUCGUCCGGCACGAUGCGCACAGAGGCCCCCUGCGGCCCCUAUACGAUGGGCCUUUCCGGGUUUUGGAGCAUGGGGACAAACACUUUGUGGUCAACCUGGGUGGUAAGGCCGAGCACGUCUCGGUGGACCGGGUGAAGGCGGCCCACUUGGAUUUGGACCAGCCGGUGGUGCUGGCACGACCUCCGCGACGGGGGCCCCCCGGCCUUGAUCCCUGUCACCGAAUUGAGACCCAUUGUUCCGGUCCCGCCUCUUCCGGAGGCCGCCCAUGCAGAGGUCGCUUUCCCGGUUCCCGUGCUCAGGAGUCGUGGGGGUCGGCCUGUCGUUCCUCCCCGCCACGCUGA